CUGCCAGCCGUAGAGAGAAAGAAAGGCGCAGGGAGGCUUUGUUUUGGCGCAGUAGCAUUUCUAGGCGGCUCUCUGUGCUCGUCUUCAGCUGCAUCGUCUGCUGACGGACCUUUGCCCCCCCCUCUCUGAUUUCUGAAUUUUAAGAAUUGUUGGGAUUCAGACCUUUACUGUUAUUAAGGGUAAUAUCUAAUCAAGGUAAAGCCGUAAACAUGAGCUCGAUCAACGUGAAAAAGCUGAAGGUAAACGAGCUGAAGGACGAGCUUAAGAAGCGGCAGCUUUCGGAUAAGGGGCUUAAGGCCGAGCUGAUGGACCGGCUGCAGGCCGCCCUUGAUCUGGAGGCCCAAGCCGGAGGCUCCUUCACCGGACCGGAGUCGGAGGAAAAUGGCGCAGAGGGCGGCUGCGACGAAGCGGGUGGCCUAAACGACAUGGUCGAGGAGGAUCUAGAGGAUGAUCCGGUCGGAGAGAGCAUGGAGGCCGAAGAGGAGGAGGAGGAGGAUGGGGACGGCGGCGAGGCGGAUCCCGGGGACAGCGCUCCGGCCGGCGACGCCGGGGUCAGCGGGCAGCAGGACGACGAGAUGGGCGAGGAGGAGGAGGAGGAAGAUGCCGGUGUGGAGAUGGAUAAAUAUGACGAAGACGACGAUGCCAUCCUGAAAGACGAUGAGGAAAUGGAUAAAUACGACGAGGACGACGGCGGCGCGCCGGGAUCUCAGUCGGCGGAGGGGGAUGCGGACAAAGACAAGAAAGCUGAACAGAAGAAUAAGAAGGGUGUUAAGAGACGGCGAGACGAACACGGAAGGGGCUACUUUGAAUUUAUUGAAGAGAGCAAAUACAGCCGGGCUAAAUCUCCACAGCCCCCCCUGGAGGAGGAGGAUGAAGAGUUUGACGACACCACGGUCUGUCUCGACACAUACAACAGUGACCUGCAUUUCAAAGUGUCUCGUGACCGCUACAGUGCCUCUUCUCUUACCAUGGAGAGUUUUGCUUACCUGUGGGCUGGGGGCAAGGUCACAUACGGCGUGUCCAAAGGCAAGGCCUGCUUCGAGAUGAAGAUCAUUGAAAAGAUACCGGUGAAGCACAUCUCCAGCAAGGGUAUUGACAUCCAUGACGUCCUGGUGGGUUGGUCAUUAGCCAACAGCAGUCUUCUGCUCGGUGAACAGGAGCACUCCUAUGCUUAUUCAGUGAAAGGGAAGAAAACCACCAAUUGUGUGACUGAAGACUAUUCGGACAGCUAUGACGAGAACGACGUCAUCGGCUGCUUUGCGAACUUUGAGCAAGACGAGGUUGAGUUGUCCUACUCCAAGAAUGGCAAGGACCUGGGCGUGGCCUUCCGGGUCAGCAAGGACUCCUUGGCCGGGCGACCCCUCUUCCCCCACGUUCUCUGCCACAACUGCGCUGUCGAGUUCAACUUCGGCCAGAGGGACACUCCAUACUACCCUCCACUGGAGGGUUUCACGUUUUUACAGCAGAUCGCGGUGGACGAACGAGUGCGGGGGCCCAAGGGGCCCGACACCAAGGAGGAAUGUGAGGUUAUAGUCAUGGUGGGUCUGCCAGGGGUAGGGAAGACCACCUGGGUCACCAAGCAAACAGAGGAGAACCCCGGGAAGUACAACAUCCUGGGCACCAACACCAUCCUGGAGAAAAUGAUGAUUGCUAGCUUGAAGCGACAGAUGAAGGACACCACCAAGCUGCAGGCAGUCUCCCAGCGGGCUCCUCUCUUUCUUGGCAAGUUCAUUGAGAUUGCGGCUCGUAAGAAAAGGAACUACAUCCUCGACCAGACCAACGUAUCGGCGCCGGCCCAGAGAAGGAAAAUGUGCCUCUUCGCCGGGUUCCAGCGCAAGGCGGUGGUGGUGUGUCCCACAGACGAGGAUUAUAAGGACCGGACGCAGAAAAAGACAGAGACGGAUGGCAAAGACGUCCCAGAACAAGCAGUCCUCAAAAUGAAAGGGAUCUUCACAUUGCCGGAGGAGGGCGAGUGUUUCAACAAGGUGAUCUACGUGGAGCUGCAGAAGGACGAGGCCAUGAAGCUGCUGGAACAGUACAAGGAGGAGAGCAAGAAUGCCCUGCCCCCCGAGAAAAAGCCCAACCCAGGCGGGGUGCCCACUAAGAGGGGGGGCAAUCGAGGCCGAGGGGGCAAGAACCUGUUCAGCAGGGGCGGUGGCCUUGGCCCAAGGGGUGGCAGGGGCGGAUUCCAAAACCGGGGCAACUUUCGAGGAGUCCCUGGACCGCGAGGUGGCUUCAGCCGGCCCCCCAGGGGAUUCCUGCCCCCGCCCGCAUUCCGGGGGGGCUUCUCCAACCGUGGCAAUUUCAACCGCAACAGUGGCGGCAUGCCAAACCAGGGUGGGGCUCCCAGGGGUGCACCUGGGCGGGGCAACAUGGGGAACAGGGGAGGAGCCAUGCAGAGGGGCAACUUGAGCCGUGGAGGCGGAGCCAACCGGGGAAACUUCAACCAGAAGUUUAGGGGCAGGGGGGCCAAUAACCGUGGCUUCAAGAAUGGAAACUUCGGCAUGAAUAAAGCUCAGGCUUUCAACCAGAGCUGGCAGCAGGGGUUCUGGAACCAGAAGCCAUGGAGUCAGCAAUAUCAUCCAGGAUAUUACUGAAGUGUCGGCAAGAAAGGAGAGCGGGACACUGAACCCACAGCCCCCGCCACUGCAGGCAUCCAUUCAUAAACUUUUAUUAUUUUGUUUAUAUAUAUAUAUAUAUAAAAUCAUAGAGAUGUCCUUUUAAAGAUACAUUCCACAGCUGAGAAGUGCCUGAGGGUUCUGUUCUAAGCUUUAUCAGUUUACUUUCUGUAGCGCCCCCUCCCUUGAUUUCAAGCCCAUGCUUUAAAUUGUUUUAAUGUCAGGAACCUCAGCAUUUGUCCAGGGUGGGAUGUUUUGGGUUUGUUUUUUUUUGUUGUUAUUUUUUUUGUUUAAAUGACUUUCAGGGUUCCAUGUUUUAUCUUUAAGGUGUGGUUUUUACUGAACUCCAAUUCUGAAUCUGUUUAGCGGCGAGUCACGCAGCACUCCCACAGAUUUAAAAAAGAGAGAAAAGCACUCCUUUUACAAGCAUGUCAGUUGUAUUCGUAGUCGUAGAGAGAUGCUACUAUCCUAAUAAGCAAAGCUGAUUAUUCAAAGUCUAACUUUUAAAAGAGAAAAGCUUAAUUUCUUUUUGUUAGGCUGUAAGAGCAAAACUACAGCUUACAAUAAAAGGGGUUUUUCUUCCCA